AUGCAGUUUGAUAAAGCGGAGGAGCUGUGUAAGAAAACUCUGGAGAUUCAUCGCGUGCAUAGUGAACCGGCUUCACUUGAGGAAGCUGCCGAUAGGAGGCUUAUGGCGCUGAUUUGUGAGGCAAAGGGAGAUUACGAGUCGGCAUUGGAGCAUCUUGUGCUUGCUAGCAUGGCUAUGAUUGCAAAUGGUCAGGAUAAUGAGGUUGCAUCGAUUGAUGUUAGCAUUGGGAACAUUUACAUGUCACUUUGUCGUUUUGAUGAGGCAAUUUUCUCGUAUCAGAAGGCACUUACUGUGUUUAAGUCUGCCAAGGGUGAGAACCACCCUUCUGUUGCGUCUGUUUUUGUGCGGCUGGCUGAUUUGUACCACAGGACUGGGAAGCUUCGGGAGUCAAAAUCAUACUGCGAGAAUGCACUCAGGAUUUACUCAAAGCCGGUGCCCGGAACCACUGCAGAGGAGAUUGCAGGUGGCUUGACAGAGGUUUCGGCUGUUUUUGAAUCUGUGGAUGAGCCUGAGGAGGCGCUGAAGCUGUUAAGCAGGGCAAUGAAGUUGUUGGAAGAUAAGCCGGGGCAGCAGAGCACUAUUGCGGGGAUUGAGGCACGGAUGGGUGUGAUGUAUUACAUGAUUGGGAGGUAUGAGGACUCGAGGAACUCCUUUGAGAGUGCUGUUGCGAAACUCAGGGCUAGUGGGGAGAGGAAGAGUGCCUUCUUUGGAGUUGUUCUGAACCAGAUGGGGUUGGCUUGUGUUCAACUGUUCAAGAUAGAUGAGGCUGCUGAAUUGUUUGAAGAAGCUAGGGGAAUUCUUGAACAGGAGUGUGGCCCGUGUCAUCAAGAUACACUUGGGGUGUACAGCAAUCUUGCAGCUACAUAUGAUGCUAUGGGAAGAGUGGGAGAUGCGAUUGAAAUCUUAGAAUAUGUCCUUAAGUUGAGAGAGGAAAAGCUUGGAAUAGCAAAUCCAGAUUUUGAAGAUGAGAAGCGUCGUUUGGCUGAGCUUCUGAAAGAAGCAGGAAAGACACGGGAUAGAAAAGCAAAAUCUCUGGAAAACCUAAUUGAUCCCAGUUCAAAGAGGACAAAGAAGGAGGGAACAAAGAGGUGGCCUGGUUUGGGGUUUAGAAUUUAA